GAAGGCACUGGUAAGAAACGCUCUCACAUUCAGAUUUGGACUCCUCUUAGUGAUGAUCAUUUUGGUUCACAAUGCAAAUGUUGGUCUUAACAUGGCUUGUUAAAUAGGAAUGAAUACGAAAAAUACGCUUUGCUCUAAAUCAAGACUGUUAUUUACACCAAAAGCCUCUGUUGCUGCAUUGACGUGUGAGGCUCCUGCCAAAAUAAAGGAGAGGAGAAAGACUGGAGAGCACAGGCAACAACCCCACACAACUACCCUAACAGAGCCCAGACAUGUUGAGAAGACUCUCCCACCUGUUCUUUGGGAGCGAGGAGGAGAGCCCGAAGGAACCAAGGACACCAACGCCUGGAGACAUAGACGAGGAGGGGUGGCUUCUGGUCAGCCAUCAUGCCUUCAGUGGCGUGAACACAGUUGAAGAUCAGGCUGUGGACCUGCCUGGCAUGUCCGUCUACGCGUGUCAAUCCAUCCCACAUGUCACUGAGGAGCGUGAACCAAGGUUGGAAACUGAUGUGAGGAUGUCAGAACCAGAUCUCCCAGUCCAAAGAAGAAGCCCACCCAGCCGAGCUUUGCGUGGCUCCAUGUCUCAGGCCUGGCCUUUGGCCAAGGUGACUCACAUUGCCCGAGUCCAGAGAGCUCAGGCGCAUUCAGAGCGCCGGCAUCUCGGACAGAGCGGCAUCCAGCGGCAAAACUGUGUCCGCCAGCGUAGCCAGCGUCACUGCCUUCGCUCCCACACUGCCAACCUCCACCAGCCAGGCCAUCGCAACUUCAGUCAGUGAGACAACACCGCCAGGAUGGAUCAACAACAUUCUGAACCAUGUUUAAACACUUGCACAAACAUUCACACACACCAACACGUGAGGAUCACUCCAACACACACGUUGAAACAUACACAUAUUGUACACAACUCCCUUUGAUCUGCAAAACUUUCCAGAAUUUCAAAAUAAAGUCAUAAUCCAGCUAAGUUUACUGUUUACUUGUGUAGAUAAGCUACCCCAAAGUCUGUAUACUCGGUUUUAAAACUCUGUUACUUGUAAUUGUUACUUGUUCAUUGGCAGCUUUUAAACGUACUGUUCACGACAUAAGAAUGAUGUUGUUGUUAAACUAAUGAAAUGUGUUAAUGUGUAAUGCCUAUGCAAAAUACUAAAUAUACAACAAUCACAGCGGGAUAGGUGACAGACAAAAGGUUACAUACAUUCUGUGUGUUGUCAAAUUGUCCAACCCUUCUCAACAUUUUCAUACAGCAAUAAAAUGGAUGGACAACA